AUGUCGGCAGGGCCCGGUCUAUCCCGGCAGAGAUCUAUCUCGAGCAAGUCGAAGGGGGUAAUACUACCACCGGGUCCAAAGCCAAGGGCCCCGAGCGAAGAUGGCCCCUUUGAGCCGUGCGCAUCAACAGCAUCCCUCCUGCUCAUCUCGCACGGAUCGACCGUGUUGUGUCUGCACCAUGAUACGCUGGCGGUGGAGCGACGGUUCGAGAAACACUCAAAGGAUAUCCAAUUGAUAUCGGCCGACAAUGUUAGUGAGACUGGGGCUGGGAGACUGGUGGUCACGUACGAUGUCGGACAGACGGCCAUAGUGUGGGAUUUGUUCACUGGCGAGCAGUUGUCUCGUUUCGUCUCGUACGAAUCUCUGAGGGUGGCGCAUUGGAUGAGAAACGGUAAUGUUGCGUUCGGAAAUGCAAAAGGCGAGGUGAUAUUGUUCGAGCCUGCAACAAGCGACCACAUUUCAGCUCGGACGAUAUUUGAUCCUAUAACGGCGAUAGCUCCCUCGUCGGAUUGCAAAACAUAUGCUAUCGGCUAUAACAACGGAUCCAUCCUGCUAGCAGCACUACAACCCUCGUUCACCAUUUUGCACACCUUGACGACCUCCAGAGCGCCUUCGCCCAUUGUUUCUUUGACAUGGCACGCCUCAUCCUCAAAGCAGAAGUCCGAUAUGCUGGCCACUCAGACGGCCGAUGGCGAUCUGAGAGUCUGGAGUGUGUCCAAACCUGCAACUGUCGAAGCCCCGAAAGUUAUCCGUGUUCUAAAGCGGUCUGACACUUAUGUCCCCAGCCGGAACUGGAUAUCGUGGUCCAAAAAUGGCCGCAUUGUGCAAUACUCCGAAGGCAAGACCUGGGCUUGGGAUGUUCGGACAAAGCAUGUCACCUACGAACCUGUCCCCACAGUCGAGGGAGUCAGAGCUAUUGCUUGUCAUGGGCCAACGGGUACCCUAUUUACUUUAGGACCGGACUAUACCGUACAGCAGUACGAUGUCGAGAGGGCGCUUCUGGUUGCAAACGUCCGCCACAUGCCUCUGAGCGUACCUCCCACGCCUCCCGAAGAUUCAAGGGCCCCAGUCUGGACCACCUCCGAGAGUGAGGAAGAGUUAGCUUCCCCACUCGUACGUGCAAGAGGGGAACUCCGUGCAUCUGAAGCGGCCAGGACUGGGCGAAAUAAUAUACCGAGCCCUCGCUCAGGGAUGAGCUCUCAGAAAGGGGCGUUCAAGAACGGAAUCAACGAAAUCAUUUCACCCGCUGGCAGGACCGACUACACAACAACUUCGUUCGACACGGGUAUACAAUCAGCUUCGACAUUGAACCAAUUAGCUGUGCCGCUGCCUAGUCAAGCCUACCAGCCUCAGUCUCCCGUGGCCGCUAGGACGACCAGGAAAGGUUCUCGAUUAAAGCAGGAGGUCGUUAUGAGCCCUGAAGAGAGGGUGGUGACAGAGCUUUUCCCUUUCACCAGGGCCCGAUUGCAUGACGUCCCGUAUCGGGCGCCUAGAAUGCUCGACGAGACGCACAUGACUCCUGAUGACCUGCGGAGGCAGAUGCUGAGCGUCGUCUUUGGCUGGGAGGAAGACAUUCAGGACCUCAUCCGCGACGAGCUGAGCCGACACCCCCGAGAGAGCCAGAAUGCCAUCUUCCUGGCCAAGUGGCUCGAUGAGGACCCAGACUAUCUGGCCGAGAUCAUGGGAUCUACCGGACUCAUCUCCAACCUUGACUGGAUGCUUCUUGCCUUGGGUACGAUCAGCAAUCAAGUAGCAGCGAAAAAGAUCACCCAAGUCUUCAUCGAGAAGAUGCUGAGCAAGGGUGAUAUCCACGCGGCAGCUACUCUCAUGAUCGCCCUGGGUGACCGGAGUGACGCUAUCGAAGUCUACGUCUCGAGACAUCAGUAUAUGGAAGCGGUUCUGCUGACCUGCCUCGUCACACCUGAUGAUUGGCAGAGGCAGUCUUAUCUUGUGCGUCGAUGGGGCGAGCACGUUGUCGAGAACUCACAACAGUCACUGGCUAUCCGAUGCUUUUCGUGCACAGGCGUUGAGCCAUCUGACCCUUGGACCUCUCCACACGCUCAACAGGCAGCCAACACGUUUGUGGAGAUUGUCUCUAGCCCUCAGAGCGCGCCGCAGGUGCAGACUUUGGAACCGACGGAAUAUCCAGCCAUUUUCCAGAAAACACUCGAGAGACGACGAACCCUUGAUGCCCCUACUCCCGUGGCGAUGCCUCCGCCUCACAUGAUGCAGACUAUGCAACCCCCUACACCCUUCCGCACUGCGGCCGCGCUCGGAACAAGAAUCACUCCUCAGACAUCCGCCCUGAAACUUGUCACCUCGUUUGGCGCGCAACCCAACAAUAACUAUAAAUUCCCCGGCCUGAAGCCAGAGGACCGCACUCCGACGGUUGCUGCUGCUGUCACUCCUAUUGCGGAAUCGGCCAUCGACAGGUCUGCUUUGUCUCCAGGGGGUCUCGGCUCGUACCGGUUGAACAAUAUCCGCAGUAUCAAUAGUGCUCUUUCCGCCAAAACGGCGACUCCAGGUGGUUUCCAGCCCAGCAGACUGGCGGCAAUCGGGGAAACUCCAGUCGAUGUCGAGGCACCGCAGUUUCCUACUCCGAUCCCUCAGAGAUCGAUCUCUGUGCCUGCCGAACUAGCAUCUUUCAAGUCGGGCGAGGCCGACGAAGCAGCUGCCUCCAACGAGCCGCAGCGUGCUAAACAGCCUUCGUUGACUCUUCUCACCUCUGCGCGUUACGAGCCAUCCAUGACAACACCUGUCAGAGAAACUCCCCAGACCGCUGUUGCACCCCAGACGGCCAUCAAGUUUCCGUCCUCGACUUACAACGUGCUGGGCCACGACGAGCCUCACAGUGACUUGCCGCGAUCCAAGGUCGCCACCAGGAGUCGCAAGCCUGAUGGACUUUCCAUCCAGACAAGCCAUGUCUCUGCCCAAGAUUUCGUGCCCGCUGAAAGCUACGGCGAAUCGAUAAGCCGACCUGCAACCACCGGGUCAUACUCCAAUACCCAACUUGACACCGCCGGUGACCUGACCAGCCCUCCCACCACCGGCCAAAGUUAUCGAAGUGCAAAAAGCCCUAUGGUGACGGGUCGAAGUAUUGAUCAAUAUAUUAGCAGCCUGGAACAAGCUCAGUACUAUUCCAAACAUGCUCGAGCCCGUGGGUACAGCAGUACAAGCAAGCAAUCUAGGGAUGACGUGUCUGAGCGAAAGAAAGGCAGAGAGGAAGAGAGGGACACUCGACGGGUGAUACCAGCAGGCAAACGUUCGCCCACUUCGCCCAUCCCCAUGUCCCCAGAGGACCUUCGCAUGUACAGCACCAGUGUCGAGAGUUUUGACACAUUGUACAGCUCCAACUACUCUGGCGUCGACAGAACAGGCACACCUGGGAGCUUGUCCAAGCUGAGCCGCCGCGGCUCUCAGUCGACGGCGAAAGGCGCAAAGUCUCGCAAAAGAUCUCAAUCUAGACAAGCGGGCACUGGAAGCAAGACGGCCAGUAGGCAACACAGUCCGGAUGCCGCAUUGUUCUCUCCCCGAGGCCGCAGCUCUUCCCGGAAGGAGAACCUAGGACAUCGGUCUCCCUCAUCCCCUCGACCAAUGAUACCGUCUGAAGAAGACCGGCAGAGCCGAUUCGAUCAAGACUCGUCGUUGAGGCUUGUCUCUCGUGACCGCCACCGACUGCACCGGAGCACUAGUCGCCAGCCUGUACGUAGUACAAGUGCACGACGGGACCGUUCGCCCGAUCGGCGGCGAGUGCGUGCUCGAUCUCGCAGUCGCCAAACGGAAGAAGCAACAACGAGUUUGAGUCGCAAGCCAAGCCGGAAUGAACGUCAUCGACGCAAUCGGCGACCUAGCGAUGCAACGUAUGAUCGAAGUGCCCAUCCAGAUGACCCCGAAGACAGCAUGCCCAGUGAUGUCGUCCCGGCCUUCGACAUGGUAUCCAGAUCUGCCAGUCAACCUCAAUUCGCUCCUGAGCAGGGCAGAGCUCGGACGCCUGCAGAACAGCUUGAAGCCCGCCGGCUGUCGCUGACCCGUCGUCCCUCUGUCCCUAAUGUGCCACUACCUGUUCAGACUUCAGCACACGGUAAAUCUGCUUCGACAGGCAAUGCGGCCCUGACUUCGACAAUGUCGCACGCAGAUGAUGGCCUGAUGCCUAACUCGCCUGGGAAUGACUAUGCUCCGGCACCAGAAAUGGUCGCUGGCCUAGGAGUCGUGACUGGGAGACCCGCAACACCCCGAGCAAUGCAGGUCGACUCCGCCAUCCCGGAAGACAAAACUGUAUCUGGAGACGGGUCGAACGGGGCACAACUGCUUACAAGUGAUGUGUACCGUCCACCUACACGAGGAGAAGACGUAAGUCGACCUGGCUCCACACGGCCCCCAGCAUCCCUCGAAUUCCUGACCCAAAUCCCCAAGCACCCGGCCUAUGAUCGUCGCAUCGCAGGCAGUAGGUCAAGCAGCAAAGGAGCUGAAGCUCGCGCUAGUUCACGUAGUAGAGCCGCCUCUCGAGAUCGUACCGCUCGGGUCUCUCCUCGGGAGAUGCCCCAGGGGUCUCCGCCCAUCAGCGAGAACGAGGCAGUCAUCUAUGCCAGUCCGGCGCCUGCACAGCGACCCAACCCACCUAUCCUGCCUGAAUUGCAGCACCUCGCCGAACCACUCCCUCCACCGCCUCCUCCGCCUCCUCCGCCACCUCCGGCUGCACCUACUUCAAAGAUGCCCAUAUUCAUGGCAAGUCCCAAUUUGUCAAACGUUCGCGGUGGCUUCGAUCAAGCUGAGGCGGCCAAUAUUGCGCUCCCGAUGUCUGCCAUCGUCACGAAAACUACCUUUGCAAAAGAUGACGGCCCAAACACCGCCAACAUCCCGCUUUCCGCAAGCUCGCUGUCUGCAAUGGGUCACCGGCGCGGCCGAAGCGGGAAUGAUAAUCAAAGCGGCGGAGCGAGCUCAAGCGGGCAGUUGUUCAGCAAAUUGAGAAACUUCACGGGACGCAACAGAAGCCCUUCUCGCGGAAGGCGAGGUGGGGAUGAUAACCAGGCAAUGAGCCCGCGAAUGGGAGGGAUCGGGGAGAACGUGCAGCCCGCGCCAUAUGAGAGCAUCCCGAGCGCUAUGGUGGGGAACGCCUGA